AUGCAGAGAAUAGGUGGGGCAUCAGCAGCAUUACAGACUGCAGCAAACACAUCUCAUGCAAAAGACAGAAGAGCAGAGAGGAGAAAAGAGAAGAGAAAGAGGACUGGGAGAAAACUAUGCUCCUUGAAGAAGAAAAGAUAUAAACUGACAAUCAAAUACAUCAGGAGUCACACAAGCAACAUGUCUCGGUCGCCAGGAAGAAAGAAGGAGAACCACAAAAUAAGCAGAGAACUUUUUGUACUCACGUAUGGGGCUUUGGUAGCCCAGCUGUGCAAGGACUAUGAAAAAGAUGAAGAUGUCAACGCCUGUUUAGAUAGUAUGGGAUACAGCAUUGGCAUAAGGCUGAUUGAUGACUUUUUGGCUCGUUCAGCUGUGAAGAAGUGCCGCAGUUAUUCUGAAACUGCAGAUGUGAUUGCACAGGUUGCUUUCAAAAUGUACCUUGGGGUCACUCCUAGUGUGAGCUGCAGUAGUGCCACAGGGAAUGAAUUCUCUUUAAUCCUGGAUAAAAACCCACUAGUGGACUUUGUGGAGGAGCUGCCAGCAGAACGAGCAUCGCUUUGCUAUUGUAACCUCCUCUGUGGGGUGAUUCGAGGUGCCUUGGAAAUGGUUCACUUAGCAGCAGAAGUUUCCUUCCUCCAGGACAGGCUGAAGGGAGAUGCUGUGACAGAAAUAGGAAUUACAUUUUUAAGGAAGCCUGAAGACAGAAAGCACAGGAGGAACAAAUGA